ACGCGGCGCAGCUCGCCGCCUCUGCGCCGAGCUUCACGGUCAUCCUCAGCGGGAACAUCAGCGGCGUGCAGGUUGUCUUGUGGGGGUGCAUUGCCGUGCUCAUUUCCAUCCUGGCGAUGUCUGCCAUUUUCCUGUCGCUGCAGUACCAGCGCCAGAGCCCCCACGGGGACGCCGUGAGCCGGCAGGUCAUGUCCGACCCCAUGCAUGGGCUACUCGAGUCGCGGGGCAGGCGAGGCGUCAGCCACAGCGAUGCGGGGAGCGUCAUCUCGAACGCGCAGCGCUCGGCCGCCAAAUCCUGCACAUCCCUGGCCACGUCGAACGCCCUGUCCAGCUGCGAGAGGAUCUCGACGACCAGCACCUACCGCACCCAAGGCGUUGCCUCGAUGCUGCCGGGCCUGCCGCUGUGCCCGCUGCUGAUCGUACCCGAGGGCACCCGGCUCGCCUGCAUCGUGCAGAACGACCUCCGGCGCCGCAAGCAGGAGCUCUGCUUCGACAUCGGCGCGGUGCCCGCGCGAGGGGGCGCGCCUCUCUUCCGGGUGCGCGUGUCCGAGCUCAGCACCGAGGCCCCUGGCAUCUACGUGGAGACGCUCAGCGGGCGCGAGCAACUGGCGGUCCUCUCCACCGCGGAGCUGUGGCGCGGUGCCGAGAAUCCUUCACUGAGCAUCUCGCGCCCGUGGGGCCUGCCGUACGGCACGAUCCAGAAGGGCGAGAACGGGGAGUAUCGGGCGGCCUUCGUGCCCACGGCGCGGGUGGCGGACCACGUCAUGCGGGGCAACUCCACCCUGCUGGUCAUCGGGGGCGACUUCGAGAACCACAGCAUCCGGGUGAGGAACUCGAGCGACAACACCGUGGCGACGGUCAUGCAGGCCUCCCCGGAGGAGUACCAGGUGCUCAAGCGAUACCCAGUCCGAGGUCCCGCACCACGGUAUAUGGGGCGCGAUGGACACGGUUGGUCUACCAAGUGGAGUGGCAAGCAGUGGUCGCAGUGGACCAACACCAACCUGUCCAAGGCGAGAUGGACAUGA